CCGAGAGCUGGGAGGCGCCGCGGCGCCCGGGUGGUGGUCGUGUCGUGGGCGCCGUCCUAGCGGCGGGGAGCGCAGCGCUGAGGGGACAUGCGAUCGGAGAAAUCCCUGACGCUGGCGGCGCCGGGGGAGGUCCGCGGGCCGGAGGGCGAGCAACAGGAUGCGGGAGACUUCCCGGAGGCCGGCGGCGGUGGCGGCGGCUGCUGUAGUAGCGAGCGGCUGGUCAUCAACAUCUCGGGGCUGCGCUUCGAGACGCAGCUGCGCACCCUGUCGCUGUUCCCGGACACGCUCCUGGGGGACCCCGGCCGCCGCGUCCGCUUCUUCGACCCGCUGAGGAACGAGUACUUCUUUGACCGCAACCGGCCCAGCUUCGACGCCAUCCUCUACUACUACCAGUCGGGGGGCCGGCUGCGCCGGCCGGUCAACGUGCCGCUGGACAUCUUCCUGGAGGAGAUCCGCUUCUACCAGCUGGGGGACGAGGCCCUGGCUGCCUUCCGCGAGGACGAGGGCUGCCUGCCCGAGGGUGGCGUGGACGAGAAGCCGCUGCCCUCCCAGCCCUUCCAGCGCCAGGUGUGGCUGCUCUUCGAGUACCCGGAGAGCUCGGGGCCCGCCCGGGGCAUCGCCAUCGUCUCAGUCCUGGUCAUCCUCAUCUCCAUCGUCAUCUUCUGCCUGGAAACGCUGCCCCAGUUCCGUGCAGACGGUCGAGGCGGAAGCAACGGUGGCGGUGUCUCCCCAGUGUCCAGGGGCAGUCAGGAGGAAGAGGAGGAUGAAGGUGACUCCUAUACCUUCCAUCCUGGCAUCGCCCCCGGGGGAAUGGUGGCAGGGGGCUCAUCCUCAUUAAGUACUCUCGGGGGCUCCUUCUUCACGGACCCCUUCUUUCUGGUGGAGACGCUGUGCAUCGUCUGGUUCACCUUCGAGCUACUGGUACGUUUCUCUGCCUGCCCCAGCAAGGCAGCCUUCUUCCGGAACAUCAUGAACAUCAUCGACCUGGUGGCCAUCUUCCCCUACUUCAUCACCCUGGGCACCGAGUUGGUGCAGCAGCAGGAGCAGCAGCCGGCCAGUGGCGGGGGCGGCCAGAACGGGCAGCAGGCCAUGUCCCUGGCCAUCCUCAGAGUGAUCCGCCUGGUCCGCGUGUUCCGCAUCUUCAAGCUGUCCCGCCACUCCAAGGGGCUGCAGAUCCUGGGCAAGACGCUGCAGGCCUCCAUGCGGGAGCUGGGCCUGCUCAUCUUCUUCCUCUUCAUCGGGGUCAUCCUCUUCUCCAGCGCCGUCUACUUCGCGGAGGCCGAUGAUGAUGAUUCGCUCUUUCCCAGUAUCCCGGAUGCCUUCUGGUGGGCGGUGGUCACCAUGACCACCGUAGGUUAUGGGGACAUGUACCCCAUGACGGUGGGGGGCAAGAUUGUGGGCUCGCUGUGUGCCAUCGCCGGGGUUCUCACCAUCGCCCUGCCCGUGCCCGUCAUCGUCUCCAACUUCAACUACUUCUACCACCGAGAGACGGAGCAGGAGGAGCAAGGCCAGUAUACCCACGUCACUUGUGGGCAGCCUGCCCCGGACCUGAAGGCAGCCGACAGUGGACUUGGCAAGCCUGAAUUCUCGGAGGCCGCUCGGGAGCGGAGACCCAGCUACCUUCCCACUCCACAUCGAGGGUAUGCAGAGAAAAGGAUGCUCACUGAGGUUUGACAGAUGCAGGCAGCACCUGCAUGGAAGGAAGACACCGAACACACCCUUCCUUAGGGACCCUUCUCAUCCUCCACUACUUGCAUCCCAGCUCCAGGUGACCUCCUGACUGUCUUCCUCACACCCAGUGGUUGGCGCCAGGACCACACACCUGGACUGUCAGCCUUGUUACUUGACCCCUGCAACAUCCCAGGUUUCUCCAUCUAAGUGACAUUUUUGAAAUUCUAAUGGUGCCACCCAUUCGUGCCCAUCUUAUGUCACGUGGACGAGAUUUCCAUCUGACCUUCCCUCGAGACUCUGAUUUUUCACGUUUGGGACUUGUGAUGUCUCUAGGAAGAGUGACGUCAACAGGCUGGAAACCAGGCAUACCAGGGUCUUGUUUCUCCUUAGCAUCCUUGGCUUUGGGGCAUGCACCCUCCCGUCGUAGCUUCUGGCCACGUGCUAACUAGCCGAAGCUGGUGGGCAGAAACAGUACUCAUCCUGAUGUUUUCCUCCAGUGCCCUGUAAGGUCGGCUGGUCAUUCUGCAGAGAAGCCUUAGGAGAGUCUUCAGUUGCACAGCCUGGACAUAUGUUAUCUGUCUCUAACCUUGGAUGCAAUUAGAGAAA